AUGACAUAUGAACAGAUUCGAGAGCAUUCCCAAAUUCAACGCAAAUACAAGAAAAAUUUUCAAAAGAAGGCAGCAGCGCAGUUUAACUGCAAAAUGUGUACGAUUUCCUUUCAUCCCCGCUUCGCCAGUUUGUUCGGCCGCUUAAUCCGCGGUAUUCUGCAAUAUGGCUGGAUUCCAGCUAUGCUGUUUAUCUACAUGUCGCCACCUCAAAACGCCGUGAUUGUCGAACGAAGCGAGCCGCUAGCAACGGAAAGCAGCAAGCUCAAAUUCCAGAGUGCAGAGGCUCUCCAUGUCGCUGCAUCAAACAUUGAAACAACUGUUGCGUCUGAAAUUGCGUCGCCGGUUGAGCCUAAAAGCAACGAUGCUAGUAAUUACGCGGCAUCGGCGGAUUUCGCGGCCGAGAAGGCAAAAUUAGAUCAGAACUACGGACGCGCUCUGGGACAGCUCCCUCCACUAGAUUCUCCUCCCAUUUCGACCAACUUUGUCUUCCACAACAAAAUGCCUAAAUCCGGAUCAACUACGAUGAAACACAUCCUAAGCGUUUUGUCGAAGGAAAAUAACUUUAUCCUCGAUCACCAACGGCUUUGUAUCUCGGACGAUUGCUCAGCUGGUGCUGAUGACGGAGCUAACGGAAUCAAAAUGGUGAAAGAGCAUUUAAUUGAGAAGCGGGCGGCUAAUCCCAACUCAAAAUACUUGUUCCUCAAACAUCAUCACUGGCUUAACAUGACCGAGCUGGGUCUGGAGAAAGCCACUUUCAUUAAUGUCGUUCGCGAUCCAAUUACUCGAUUCGCUUCUAGAUACUACUUUAAUCGUUUCGGCUGGGGACUGAGUUCUGGAGCUCGCCGACAAACGUGGAAAAACGACCAAGAAAAAGACCAGACUCUGGAUGAGUGCGUUGCUAAUGGAUCAGAAGAGUGCAUUGAAUCGCUACAGGUGAUGGUGCAGUAUUUCUGUGGCACUGACGCCGCUUGUGGGACAAAAGAAGGCGAUGGCAUGGAACACGAUGCUGGGGAAGUGAAGAGAACCGACUGGCAAAAGACUUCAAGAGCCACCGAAAAGGCCAAACAAAACAUUCUCAAGGAUUACUACAUGAUCGGCGUCUUAGAGCAUUUUAACGAAACGUUGGACUUAUUCGACAAGAUGCUUCCCGAGUUUUUCCGCGGGGCAAGAGCAGCAUCUCAAAGCGAACAGGUGCUAAGCAAACGAGAAUCUUCCAAGACGGCGCAUAACGCUGGCUUCUCCAACCAAACACGAUUAGCACUUGAGAAAGGACUCCUCCGCUACGAAAUGGAUCUUUACAACCUCUGCAAGGCAAUUUUCUACCGGAGGCUCAAGUUCCAUGGAAUCGAGCUCUAG